AUAACCCUAGCUUCGCCAUCAUCUUCCUCUCCAGUCCUUCGAAACUCUCCUCUUCUGGUCCGUCGCUAGCAUCGUGUUUCUGUCAAAAUGGGUAUCUCUCGUGAUUCCAUGCACAAAAGGCGUGCCACUGGAGGCAAGAAGAAAGCUUGGAGAAAGAAGAGAAAGUAUGAGCUUGGGAGGCAGCCAGCAAACACUAAGCUAUCAAGCAACAAAACAGUGAGGAGGGUUAGGGUUCGAGGUGGAAAUGUAAAGUGGCGUGCUUUGAGGCUUGAUACUGGAAAUUACUCAUGGGGCAGUGAAGCUGUGACUCGCAAAACUAGAAUUCUUGAUGUGGUGUACAAUGCUUCUAACAAUGAGCUGGUUCGUACUCAGACAUUGGUCAAGAGUGCUAUUGUUCAGGUUGAUGCAGCCCCUUUCAAGCAGUGGUAUCUUCAACAUUAUGGUGUUGACAUUGGUCGCAAGAAGAAGACUGCAACUUCUGUCAAGAAGGAAGGGGAGGAAGGUGAAACUGUGACCGAAGAAGUGAAAAAGAGCAACCAUGUAUUGAGAAAGCUAGAGAAGCGUCAACAGAACCGGAAGCUGGAUCCUCAUAUUGAAGAACAAUUUGGAGGUGGUCGUCUAUUGGCUUGCAUCUCUUCUCGUCCUGGUCAAUGUGGUCGUGCUGAUGGAUAUGUUUUGGAGGGUAAAGAACUGGAAUUCUACAUGAAGAAGAUUCAAAGGAAGAAAGGCAAGGGUGCAGGUGCUGCCUAAUAUUUGUCCUCCUUUUUUUUUAAUCAAAAUUUCAUGUUCAAGCUUCUGUACCAGAUAAAUUCAGAUCAGUUUUGGUGUUUCUACAUUUUUGGAAGAUUUUGAGAUAUAUAGGUUUCGGUGUUAAUUUAGUGAUGACACUUGAUACUAGCAGUGCCACAUGUUUCAAUUUAUCAUCGCCUAGUCCGUUGAUCAAAGACUUUUUAAUGCAUUGGCCUUCAUGAUUUUGGCAUAA